UUAUUCGUUGUAGUCUGUAUGUAAUUGAUGGCUGAAUACGAAUUGAUCGUAUGCUUGUUUCAAUGUUAUUUCUUUUUCCCAUGUUUAUCCUGAUUUCCUUUUCUCCUUGACCACAUAAGUUGUCUCAGCGGCUUUCAUUCGGCUUAACCACGACCGAGACCCGCUCUUUUGUUAUCUCUCUUUGAUUCUCGGUUCCAACACUCUUCUUUCGACCGAGAUUUUUCUUUCAUUUUUUUUAUAAGAAAAAACAAGAAAGGAAAAACAAAAAUGAGAGCUUUCUGUGCAAUCGGCUCUGGCCAGCAGAUCCCAUGUCUGUCAAAAGGACUUCUCACUACCCCGAGGACUCGACUUUGUUUUCCCGAAAGACUCUUCUUUUGCCAAGCAAAGUCCGCAGAUGAUUCUGGGAUAGAUGGAUCAUUCAGCUUUGAGGCGCUACCUACUACCCUGUUAGCUGCAGAAAAAGAAGAAGCCAAAGCUGUUUUGACCUUGUUCUUAAAGAAAAAAGGUUUGAGCAAUGCAGUUGCAGCAAGAACUGUCAACAAGUCAGACAUUUUUAUUGACCACCUUGUCUUGAGGCUGCAUUCUAUACAUAAGUCUCGGUAUCUUGUAGGACGUGAGCUUACAACUCUUGAGAUCAGAGAUGUUCUUAUUCCUUACCUUGAAACCCUUGCCAAGGAGCAUGAGAACCAUAUAGUAGAUGUAGUGGAAAACUUUCCAAAUCCACCUGUUAAAGAAAAAACGGCUGUGCCCAUUUCUCAGCCCAAUCCAACCCUAGACUCCAAAAGGCUAAAGGCCAUAUCUCGAGUGAGUGAGAUAGGCCCAGCUGGGAAGCUCCGCCCUCACAUUCUCUAUCUCAUAGAACUUGGCAUGGAUCUUGAGCAGAUCAAGGCAAUUACACGAAGAUUCCCAGCUUUUGCCUACUAUAGCUUGGAAGGGAAAAUUAAGCCAGUGGUUGAGUUUCUUCUUGAUCUCGGUGUGCCAAAAUCUGAUAUUCCCACCAUCAUUAACAAAAGACCUCAGUUGUGUGGAAUCAGUCUCUCUGAAAAUCUUAUACCCACCAUGACAUUCUUGGAGAAUUUGGGUGUCGACAAGAAACAGUGGUCCGAAGUGAUAUACCGCUGUCCACCUCUUCUCACUUACAGCAGGCAGAAGGUGAAGUCCACUGUUGAAUUUCUUUAUGAGAUGGGCCUCUCAGCAGAGAGAAUUGGGAAGAUUCUGACACGCAGCCCAAACAUAAUUAGUUACAGUGUGGAGGACAAGUUACGACCAACUGCUGAGUAUUUCCAUUCUUUGGGGGUGGAUGUUUCUGUUCUUCUCCAUCGCUGUCCACAGAUUUUUGGUCUUAGCAUUGAGGCAAAUUUGAAGCCCUUGACAAAGUUCUUCUUGGGUAAGGGCUACAGUAUUGAGGAUGUUGGGACCAUGAUUUCAAGAUAUGGAGCCUUAUAUUCCUUUAGCUUGUCAGAGAAUGUGAAACCAAAAUGGGAGUUCUUUUUGACCAUGGAUUAUUCAAAAUCUGAGCUGGUGAAAUUCCCUCAAUAUUUUGGCUAUAGUUUGGAAGAGAGGAUUAAACCAAGGUUUGCACGUGUGAAGGAGUGCGGGGUUUCAGUUUUGCUGAACCAGGUGCUGUCACUGUCGUAUAGUAAUUUUGAGAAGGCUUUAAAUAAGAAGAUGAAGAAAAUGCUCUCUGACAAGGAUGAGUUGCAGGCUUGCAGCAGCAAUGACCUUCAACAAGACAAUGUACAGUGAAACUUGUGAGCAGAUUUAUAGCAGCACACAAUUUCAAUUUUCGAGAGUGCAAUUUCCAGGUCAGAAACAAAGUUUAAUGUGGGCAUCAGAAUCAAUUUCCAUGGGGCUCUCGUAUCUCUUCCUUCUUUGAGCUCAGAUUAUAAAAGAAGGAAUUGAGAAGAAAGUAUCAGCAACAACUGGUUUUAUUAUGGAACAGCUCAUGAUGUUCAUAUUGUUCUAUUAUGUGUCUCCGCAUCUAGCGUUGGGUAGACCUCAUACAAAAACUGGACUAGCUCUACCUUUUAUUUCAUUUCUUCUGAAGGAUUGUUUUAUUGUAUUGAAAAGUUGGGAUCAUGUAACCGAAUAUACAGCUGCAUUUGCGAACGUUGGACAUUUCAAUGCUUGGGUGAGCUUUAAUAAGGUUUCAGAACAUAUUUUGGUGCCCAAUGCCAGCAUGCAGAAGAGAUGAAGAUGCAUUUAGCAAUUACCAUCCCUGGUGAGCUCGUUUUCCACAGACAAUUUCCUGCUUGAUGAUCCUUUAUAUUGACAAGGUUUUCUCAUUUCCAUUACACGAUGAUGAGGAGGCAUUAGGAAAGUGCUUGUGGAAGCAGGAUUAUUGUUAUCGAAGUUAGUAUGUUCUCAAUUACAUACUGCUAGAACACUGAUUCAUUGAAAAUAUUCAGUGCUGAUAUUUUGUAAUCCUUUCCUAUGCUUUUACUUCUGUUUGGCAUUUAUGUUUCUUCCGGAGAUGGAGUCUAGUUCUGCAUCUCUAGUAUUUGUAUUCCAAAGCGGUCCUUUGUUGCUC